AUGGAGACUGUCAUCACGCACCCCUCGACCGCCGCUCAGGCCAAGAACUUCACCGCACCCGGCUCUUUGUCCUUCCCAGGUGGCGCCGGUGAUCUCACCCCACCUUCAUCUGAGAAAGAUGGACAGCAGACCUCGCAGACAAACGGCGCAUACGGGUACGGCAACACUUCUCAGCCUCAGGGCCAGCAGGCAGUCGCCGCUCAACAGGGCGCCGGGGUGACUCCCGCGACUCCUGCUGCUACGCCUGGCGCUGGUCAGGGUGUCAGUGGCAUUGUGCCUACAUUGCAGAACAUUGUCGCCACGGUGAACCUUGACUGCAGACUCGACUUGAAGACGAUUGCCCUCCACGCUCGUAAUGCAGAGUACAACCCCAAGCGUUUCGCCGCUGUCAUCAUGCGUAUCCGCGAGCCCAAGACCACCGCUCUGAUCUUCGCCUCUGGCAAGAUGGUCGUUACUGGUGCCAAGUCUGAAGACGACUCGAAGCUCGCUUCUCGCAAGUAUGCUCGUAUCAUCCAGAAGCUCGGCUUCAACGCCAAGUUCACCGACUUCAAGAUUCAGAACAUUGUCGGCUCCUGCGACAUCAAGUUCCCUAUCCGUCUGGAAGGUCUUGCCGCACGCCAUCACAUGUUCAGCUCUUACGAGCCUGAGCUUUUCCCUGGUCUCAUCUACAGAAUGAUGAAGCCCAAGAUCGUGCUUCUCAUUUUCGUCUCUGGCAAGAUCGUUCUCACCGGCGCCAAGGUCCGUGAAGAAAUCUACCAAGCCUUCGAGAUGAUCUACCCUGUGUUGUCCGACUUUCGCAAGGCCUAA